UUAUAAUAGUAUAAUAUUAUGUAUUUCAUAGGUACCUAAUCCGAUAAAAAAAAAUAUAUAUAAAUAUAAUAAUAUCUAACGGCGGUUCGAUAUACAGCAAUAAUAAUAAUUACCUUCUGUACAUAGUAUAUUUUAUACCUAUUACUAGCAUGCAACUCGUACCUACCCAUUAGGUAUUAUUACUUUUUUUUUUAUUUUAAUCUCCAGUCGACGUCAAGGUGAACGACUGCAACAACCGAAACCUACCGCGAAAAUGUCGUCGUCCAGAGUCGUUUCGGUGUUCGAAAACAAUCAAAAGUUGGGCGAGGAAUUGGCAAAAAAUCUAUCGGAACUCGCCAACGAUGUGCUCAACGAAGGAGGCAACGCCGUAUUCAAAAUUGGUCUUUCGGGCGGAUCGACAGUGACGCUUUUGGCCGAAUGUUUACCAAAAAUUGUCACGGACUGGUCGAAAUGGAGGUUUUUCUUUUGCGACGAACGCCUAGUUCAGUUCGACGACGCCGAGUCCACUUACGCUCAGUACAGAGAUAAAUUGAUCGGACGACUGCCCAUUACCAAAGAUCAAUUUAUCAAAAUAAAUCCUCAGCUCUCGGUAAACGAGGCAGCAAACGAUUACAUUAAAAAAAUGUCAGUGUAUUUCGCUCCGUACGAAUUACCUCGUUUUGACGCGUUAAUAUUGGGCACUGGCCCUGACGGACAUACGUGCUCCUUGUUCCCGGGCCACAAACUAUGUGAAGAGACUUCCGUGUGGGUCGCACCCAUUUCGGAUUCUCCCAAACCUCCGCCGAAUAGGAUCACGUUUACAUUCCCUUUAUUGAACAACGCUAGGUAUUGCGCUUUUGUCGCAACCGGAGCCGCCAAAGCAGAUAUUUUAAAGCGGAUACUCAAGGAUAAUGAACCCUUACCGGCCAACAGGGUUCAACCGACCAACGGAAGUGUCCAAUGGCUGUUGGACGAACCCGCAGCCAAAUUGUUACAAGAAGAAACUUCGUUAUAAUAAUUUGUCAUGAAAUAUUUAAAUUAAGUAAUAGAAAUUUAUGAUGAUGAUUAUGUUUUUAACUACGUAAGGUGUUUGGUUAAUUUUAAUAGGAACACUUUUAAACAAUUUAGUUUUUAUUUCUGUUUCGGAACUAAAAUUAAAAUAUAUAUAUAUUUAUAAAGAA